AUGUACGUGCCCCACCAUUUGCUCCCGAUUGCUUGUGCUAUUCUUUGUUUGGGAAAAAGUGCAGCAUCAACGAAAGCCAGCGGUCUCCAGGACAACGCUCUCCCGCUCAGCGUCACCACCGUACCUUUCCAGGACAACGCCACGUCCGUCUCGGUGGUCGAUCGUGAAGGCCAAGGAAGCGAGGAGAGAUUUUACCCUCUUCUUAUUAUAGCUUAUCAUCUGGCGGAGGCAAUAGAAGAGGGGUCAUUGUGGGCUAAGGAGAUACUGAACGUGCACCCAAGGCGUAUGUUUUCGAAGUAUGACCUUCACCCUACAGCCGAUGCAUUCUCGAAUGGAGUAGGUGGCCGGCGUUGGCUUGACUAUGCUGUCAAGUAUCGAUCAAAGAACAAGAAAAAGGGGGAGGAACUGACUGACCUCAAACUGUUCGAGAUGUUGAAGAACUAUCUGGUGAGCGAGAGCAACUUGCUGGAGGUUGCGAACCGUCUACGAGUUCAAGAUGAGAGUUCGCCAGUGAAACGACUCUCGGUCGUGUUUUACCGAGCUCUGCUCAAGGAUUGCUCGCCAGAAACCUCCAAGCUAAUGCGCGAUGAGUGGGCGGAGUCCAUCGUGACGCCGGACGAUGUUUUCCUGGCCCUUGGAAUCAAAGUGGAGGAUCUCGUCGAUCAUCCAGCUGUUGUCUAUCAGUGGCUGAGGUACAUUGCUAGACACAGGGCCCAUCUGAAGUUUUUACUUAAUGCGGGAUACCAAAACAUUAGCAACGAGGUGUACACCACCGAACAAAUAAAAGCGAAGCUAGAGGGAGCAUCUGAGGAUCAAAUUCGCAAGUUCGUCGACGAAGCUCUAAAGCAAGAAGACAAGGACCUCGACGACAUGUUGAAAGAGGUGUGGGGAAUUGAACGACCCGGUACGGUGACCGAAACAGCCGUUGCUACCUGA